AUGCCAAAAGUUGUAAAAAGUUCGGCUCGAGAAAUGAUAUUGAAGGUGAAAGAAUUCUGUGAAGCUGAACAAAAGAAUCAAGGUGUUUUAAUACCACUGAACAAUGUUCGGAAGAGAGUCGCCGCCAUAACAGGUGUGUCAGAGAAAACUAUAACAAGAAUUACAAAAGAAGGUAUAACAGCGGCGAGUACUUCGAAAAAAAUUGUCACCCCGGGGAAGAGUCGCCCGCAUCCGAAAAAGUUCGACUUAGACGGGUUCGAUUUGUGCGCUAUCCGGCAAAAAAUUCACAGUUUUUACGUUGUGCAUAAAGAAUUACCAACUUUGGCUAAAUUACGAGCAGCUCUUAGAGAAGACAUCAAUUUUCAGGGAAGCAUCACAACAUUGCACAGGAUAUUAAAUAGGAUUGGUUUCAAGUACAAGCGAUGUCAAUCCAGGCGCAAACUACUUAUGGAACGUCACGACAUUACCGCAUGGCGUGCAAGAUAUUUGGAUAAAAUACGAAUAAAUCGCACUGUGGAAAAACGACCCGUUGUAUACUUAGAUGAGACCUCUAUACACAAUACUUAUCAUACAAAAAGUUGUUGGCAGAGUGAGGAGGAGCCAGGAAUGUUCGUCUCAGAGUCAUUAGGGAGUUGCUGGAUAAUCGCUCAUGCGGGAACAAAAGAUGGAUUCAUAAAUGGUGCAUUAUUAAUGUUUAAAUCCCAAUCAAAGUCCUCAGAUUACCACGAUGACAUGAACUCUGCAAAUUUCUUAAAAUGGGUGACGGAAAAAUUAAUACCUAAUCUACCUGAAAGGUCGCUUGUGGUAAUGGACAACGCUCCUUACCAUUGCACUCAAUUAAACAAAGCCCCUUCAAUGUCAAAUAUAAAAAGUAGUAUGCAGGAAUGGCUCCGGCAAAAGGGUAUAUAUUUUGAAGACACUUGGAGAAAAGCUGUGCUGUUUGAGCUAAUCAAACAAAAUAAAGGUCCACCGACAUUUGCAGUGGAUGAAUUAUUAACAGCUCACGGACACGAAGUAUUAAGGUUGCCGCCUUACCAUUGCGACCUCAACCCGGUGGAGAAAAUCUGGAGCCUUGUAAAAUGA